AUGACAUUGGUCACAGAAAUUACCUUCAACAUCGAUGUGGAAGUGGCAAGUGAGCUCAGGCGCCUCUUAAGAAGAGUAAGAACUGGUAGGGGCACGACAAAAUUCGUCCGCUUGCUCUCAGAUGCACUGCCAACUGAAUGCUUCAGAGGUAGGGCCAGCGGCUUCACGCGUUCGCAGAGGACAACCACUAGGAGGCAAAUGACGGACAGAUUCGCAAAGAAAAUCUUCAACGAUGUCGAGAUAGAUAAAGAAGUUGACGGCUUGCUUGGGGGAAGAAAGGAGAAGAGUUUUGCUCUUAGGUGUCAUUUGGUCCACUGUUCUGCGAAUGGUGAGGACCACUGGAUCGACGGCUUCGUGGAUUUCCCCAUGUCUUCCUUGGAUUUAGAAGAGGGUAUCAGUGAAAUCUGCCGCUGGGACUGGGAGAUCCAAAACCGGCUUCUUCCACGCCAGAUUUUUGACAGGAACAGACUGGUUGAGGAGUUGGUUGGAGGCAACAACGGAAUGAUGCUCAGGACAACUACCAGCAGCUCGUUGUGUGUGGCCAAGGAGGCUCUGGCAGGACAAUGGUUGUGCUUGAGCCCCUCAGGGCUGAAGCUGGACUUCACAAAUAGUGCAAAAGAAGAAGAAGAACUAUUGGGUGAGGAGCUCACCAAACUACUGAGCGGACCUGGCCAUUAUCUCAUCAUCAUGGAUGAUGUCAAGGCCAGGGACAAUGCUUGGAAAGCGCUAACGAGAUUGUCCCUCCAACUUAAGGCCUGUUUACUUUACAUGUUCCUAUUUCCCAGAGGAUUCGAGAUCUCAGUGCGCAGGGCUUUGUGCUUAUGGGUUUCCGAGGGUUUCUUGGAUUGCAAAAAGCCAGAUGGAAGCCCUAAAACUUGCCGGGUACCACUCUUCAUGCUUGACAACUUCAACGAGACUUCAAAGAACCUCCUUACUGUCUGUCAGCAUGAAGAUGACCACCAACAUCUGGUCAGGUUCGUGAAAUACCAAGACAAUGCCUCAGCCUCGCACACAAAUGAUCAACAACUGCAAGACGACCUUCGAUCUUACAUAUGUCUCAGCUUGAAAGCUAGGGGUAAAACCACCAAAGAAAUAGGAGUGUUAGACUCCAUGAUUCUGAGUCGGUUCGCAUUGUUGAAGGUUCUCGAUUUGGAGGGGGUCUACAAGCCACAGUUGCCCGACUCUAUGGGAAAACUGACACUUCUGAGGCUCUUAGGGCUAAGAUCGACUCUGAUAGAUUCACUGCCGAGGUCUAUAAGUGAACUGCCGAACCUGGAGACUCUAGGCCUGAAGAACACCGAUGUAAUCUCUAUUCCCAGCCCUAUUUACAACUCAGGCAAGCUUCAUCAUCCUUAUAUGAAAGAGGUUCAAAUUGAUUCCUCAUGUCACAAAAAAAUAUCCUCAAAUCUUCAGACCUUGACCGGGUUGUGUAUAGGUGAAGGGAGAUCUUCACCUAGUGGUCUCGAGAGAAUGAACAAACUUGAGAAACUAAAACUGAGAUACCAUCCAACUUCAGUUGGAGGUGCAGCGGCCCUUGUUUCCCAAAACACACUCCUUCGAUCUCUAAGGUUGUCGUCGACUGAUCCUUCUGAUCCAUAUGAUUGUCGUGAAGAGUUGAACUUGUCAUCCCACUUGAAUCUGCAGAAAUUAUAUUUGCUCACGAAGUUAAGAUUAAGUGAACCGGAGACUGCAACUCUAGCGGACCAACCUGCAGCAGCACAGAAUCAACCUGCAGUUUACCCGCCUGAAGUCGAGUCAGCAGCCAAGCCAGCAGAACAGCUUGCCUUUCCAGGAAACCAGCCUGACAUGCAAUCAGAUAUUGAGCUUGCUGGAUCACGCCAGCAUGCUGUUCCAGGAAACCAACUUGAAAUCGCGCCAGAAAUUGGACCAGCAGAACAGGUCCAAUCUGGGACUCCAGGACGCCAACCUGAAGUCAUAUCAGUUGCUCGGCCUGCACAGCAGCUUGCCCUUCCUGGAAACCAACCUGACGUGCAGACAGGGAUCGACCUCGUCAGACCAACCCAGCAUGCCAUUGGACUGGAAGUGGUAGGGGCAGUUCACCCACCAGAAAUCGUGUCAACAGAACCUGCAGAACAGCUUGCCCUUCCAGGAAACCAGCCUGACGUGCAGUCAGAGCUUGAGCUCACUGGAUCGCCCCUGCAUGCCAUUCCAGGAAAUCAACCAGAAACUGUGCCAGAAAUUGGGCCCGCAGAACAGGUUCAAUCUGGGUUUCCAGGACUCCAACCUGAAGUCGAACCAGUAGCUCAGCCCGCAGAACAGCUUGGAAACCAACCCGACAUGCAGUUAGGGAUCGACCCCACCCGACAGCCCCAGCAUGCCGGUGAACUGGUAGUGGUACUUUCCAGCAGCAUCAGGCAACUUACCCUGUCAAAGUCUUGUCUAGAUGAGGAUUCCAUGGGACUUUUGGGACGUGCACUUCCUAAACUAGCCGUGCUUAGGCUUUUUGCUGAAUCCUACACUGGAUCAAAAAUGAGAUGCACUGGUUUUCCUGAACUGCGUAUCCUGAAACUGUGGAAACUGAAAAAUCUUGAGGAAGUGAUUGUGGAAUCAGGAGACAUGUCCAACCUUCACGAAAUGGAAAUUCGGGAAUGUCCAAUGAUGAAAAAAUUCCCCAGGGUGAAGCACUUGGGCAUGUUGAAGGAACUCACACUGACAAACGUGCUUGAGGAUCUAGUGAAAGAUGUCGAGAGAAAUCUGGAUAAUCAGAAUACAUAUUGCAGAAAAAACAAUGGAAAUGCUGCGUUUCUAAUUAAGGUUUCAUGAUCACUGAAUCCAAUGCGGCCAACCUUGAGAGCAGAUUCAUAUUCAAAAUGCAACGAAGGUGCAGCCCACUGAACCAUCGGUAUCUGGGGCAGUCAUUUUCGCAUUGAGAAAUGUGGUGGGAUUAAUGCCCUUGUGAUAUAUUCCUCCUGCCUUCCCCCCAUCUAAUUCUCCUUCUUCCCUUUUUCCAAGUGACUUGUGUAACGACCCCGUGUUGCCCAUGCAUUAUUUCCUUUGUUCUAGU